GUCAGGUGGUUCGUCUAAUAGCACGAGGAGCUGUCCGCGGUGCUGACUCCAGACUCACACUGCGAGGAGGCAGAGAGAUGCUCAGCUCACUCACCACGCUCCGCACGAAUUAACUACAGUAAGGCGUCACCAUGCUGUCACUGCCCCAGGCCCCCGCGACAGGAAAGCCUUCCCUCAUCUGUUUUGCCAACCUCCUCUCGAUCCUUCUCUUCCUCGGUUUUCCUGAUGUUCACGGGGCUUCACUUAGAGAGCACAGACUGCGGGGAAGUGAAUCAGACUCCCCGAGAGGAAAUGUCCGCCAGAUGCCUAAUGCCGAUAUGCUGAAAGCCUUGGAGUACAUCGAGAGUCUCCAUCAAAGAACAGGCAUGGAAUCCCCGCAGCACGUCCCUCUCGCUGCAGGCUCUGAUGCCGGCCACAUGGAUGAUGUUGAGAAGCUGCGUGCCAUGCUGAGACUGGCUUCGAACCCGGCGCAAAGCAAAGCCGAAGAGGAGGAGCAGGACGAAGAGGAAGAUGAGGAGAGGGAGGGGAAGGAGGAUAAGAGCGAGGAGCUGCUCCAAGCUGUGCUCAGUACGCUCCAACAGACAGAAAAGGCCUCCAAGCCGGCUCUGCUUCGCCCCAGUGCAGAAAGAACAGGCACAAAGGACGGCUUGUAUCCCAGGGUGCAGCAGAAACAGCACGGCAUCACGCCUCACAAGAAGCUGCCCUUACUGUUCGAGGACGAGGAAGAAGGUGAAGGUGAUGAGGAGGAGGACGACGAGAGGCCGGAGCACGACAGCCCCUUCAAGCGCACCAACGAGAACGUGGAGGAGAAGUACACACCUCAGAACCUGGCAACGCUGCAGUCGGUCUUCGACGAACUGGACAAGCUGACCAGUGCGAAGACCGUGCAUAAGCGCCAAGAGGAGGAAAAUAAUGUCGGGGAGGAAGAUGCUGAAGAAGAUGGUGAUAUAUUUAAUGAGAGGAGCGCAGCGUACAAUGACAUGGACGGAGAUCUCGCAGACUGGGGUCCUCUAGAAGAACAGGAAGAAGAAGAGGAGGAGGAGGAGGACGGGGACAGUGACAACAAACACGAAGUUGACCGUGGGCUCGAUUACAUCGACGACAAUGACGAAGAAACUGACGAGGGUGAUGAAGAGGAAGAUGACGAAAGCUACCCAGUCAAACGAUCGCAAGAUCCAGAUGACGUAGCCAGUUUAGUGGACUAUUACCUCCUGAAAGUAUUGGAGAAAACUGAAGAGGAAGAGCAUAAGCGAGAGAUAGAGGAGGAAGAGGAGAAAAGGAGGGCUGAGAGGAGAGUGUCUAAGGCUCAGUACAGAGACAACAUAGAUCCAAGAGCCAUCUACCAGCUCAUUCAGUUCUCUCAGAAAUACCAGAUCCCACCAGAAGACCUCAUGGACAUGCUCAAAAUCGGAGACAAGACGAAUCAAGACAAGUCGCGAAAGAGCAACGGAUUAGCCAGAGCAGGGAACAGGUUCCCUGAGGUAUCCUUAAAGAAGACGCACAAGAUUCCUGAGCCCAGGUUCUACAGCAGACCCCUGCCUUACGUGCAAAAGACCCCAGAACAGCUGAGGACAGAAGAGAUCCUCAAAAUCCUGGGGCUGGGCGGCACGGAGGCUCCCGCUCCCGUCAGGAAGCAGAAGCAGCACAAGAGCUCACUCUCACGACUUCACGCUCAGCCUGCAGGCGGUUUGGGGGAAUCCGCUCCCACGCAAAGGCGCCUUCCCGGCACCUUCAAGGACGACUACGACGACACCGUGGACGAGGACGAGCUGGCAGCGUACCUAGCGGCUCAGAUGCUGGCACAGUAUCCCAAACCCGCAUACGGCAACAACAAGGCGAGCCAAAAGAGGGAUGACGCUGGACAAAGCGCGACGGGCUCUUUUGAAAAGGCGAUAGAGGAAUAUUUAGAUCAAAUGGACUCAGACAAAAGCCCAAACGAAAAAAGACAGUCUGAGGGCGACGAGAGGGGCGACGACAUGCAAAUGCAAGGCUUUGAGAACGAAGCGAUGAUGAAACUGCUGAGCUACCUGAACCCGGAAAGUGAUGCCAAAACUGCUCAAGGAAUAUAAAGACAGCUGUAAAUACAUAUACAUAUAUAUAUAUAUAUAUAUAUUGUUUUGGUGGAGGGAAGAGGUUGGAAAUAAAGUAUUUUGAAGAAUAAAAACAUGCAGUCAACUUUAGUUAUUAUGUAGGUUUGCAAACGUUCUUAUUUGUUAUCAGAAAUAAGAGUAUUCACAAACUCAUUUGAUGUUUUUUUAAUAUGAAUUGGUUGCUGAACCACACUUAACAACCAGUAAACGUGUCUCACCAGCUUUACAUUUCAAUGCACAGACACAUACACAAACAAACACACACAACCUAAAUCAGUGUUGGAUCCCUUAGAUUCACUUGUGUUUUUUGGUAAUUCUUUCUUAAAUGUGGUCAUAUGUGACAUACCUGAGGUAAAUAAAGCAUUGACUUUAGUUUUUC